AUGUCCUCCCAUAGAACGCCCUACGCUGGCACCAAGCGGAAGCUUGUUAUCGCCUUCGAUCUCGGCACUACCUACAGCGGUGUAUCCUAUGCCGUUUUGGAUCCUGGAAAGGUGCCCGAAAUUAAGACGGUGACUCGAUACGUCGGACAGGAAGCGGGCGACUCGAAGGUACCAUCUGUCGUGUACUACGAUGCGAAUGGCAAACUACUCGCGAUCGGCGCCGAGCUGCCUCCGCUGGACGGUGGUGAUAUGGAGGGUAGCGAUGGUGAAGAGGACGAGUGGGACGUCGUAGAGCCAUUCCGUGUUGAGUGGUUUAAGCUUCUUCUACGUUCCCCAAGCGGCGCCGAUGCGGCCAACGCCGACAUACCGCAUACCGUCUUGCCACCUAAUAAAGACGUCGUAGCGGUGUAUGCCGACUUUUAUCAAUACCUUUUCGAGCGCACUCGCGCGUUCAUCUGCGAGACCCAUGCAAGUGGACAGCUUGUGUGGGAUUCGCUCAAGGAUGAGAUUGAGUUUAUCCUGACCUACCCGAAUGGAUGGGAGGGCUCGCAACAAGCUGCUAUGCGUCGGGCGUUGGUUCUGGCAGAACUCGUGCCAAACACGCCGGCUGGCCAUGAGCGUGUGAAGUUCGUCUCGGAAGGCGAGGCGUCCUUCCAUUUUUGUAUUUCCUCUGGUAUGCUCGAGGAUGUGAUCUCGACUGGCAGCAAAGUCAUGAUCAUUGACGCGGGCGGUGGAACUGUCGACUUCAGCACGUACACGUUCAUCAACGCAGCUCCCGUUGAGAUUCAGGAGCUGGCUGCAUCUAAGGGGAUCUUCCAAGGCUCCGUCCUCGUUCGUCACCGUGCGCACAAGUUUCUCAAAGCCAAGCUUGCCGGGACGAAGUUUGGCGAGAAAGGCUAUCUCGACGCCAUGUCCGAAGAGUUCGAUAGGAUCACCAAGAAGCGGUUCAAGGGUGCUGGCGACUCGUACAUCAAGUUCAGCUCCCUUCUCGCAGACAAAGACAUCAAGCUCGGUAUUCGAAACGGUCAAAUCAAGCUGACGAACGAUGAGCUGUGCAGCUUCUUCGACCCGGCCAUCCGUGAGAUUAUCGCCACGAUCGAAGACCAGCAAGCUCGCGCGGGCGAGGAUAAGGAUAUCCCUAUAUACCUCCUCGUGGGCGGCUUUGCCGCUAGCGAGUACCUCUACUCGAAGCUCAAGCUGUAUCUGGAUGCCGCGGGCUUAAACCUCUUCCGCCCGGACACUCACGCGAACAAGGCCGUCGCACAGGGCGCUGUAUCAUUCCAUCUAGAUCACUACGUUUCCGCUCGUGUCGCGAAAAUGACCUACGGCUCGCGCUGCGCCCAUGUCUACGACAAGAAGCUCCCGGACCACGCUCAGCGCGCGCAUAAGGUCUUUAUCUCGCCUGACGGGAUCGAGAUGUUGAAUGAUGGUUUCCAGUCGGUCCUUGCGAAGGGCAUCCAAGUGACGGAGGAUACCGAAUUUGAGCGCCCGUUUCAUAUCGUCUCUCGCUUUGGCGUGGACAGAAUCGACUGCGAGGUGGCCUGUUACCGUGGUGAUCGGUCUCCCAAGUGGACGGACGAAGAACCCGAGCUAUUCUCGACGCUGUGCACGAUAUCCGCGGACGCCUCGCGCAUUCCGAAGUCUUUCCGGGGAGGCGCGCGCGGCGAUUAUUGCCGGCAGGACUACGUCGUCGUACUAUCGUUCGGGCUUACGGAGUUGAAGGCGCACUUGACAUGGAUGGAGAAGGGCGUCAAACGAGUCGGUCCUGCAUCGGUGGUGUACACUGCAAGUCGGCCGCCCACCGGAAUUCGUUGA